AUGUCAUCAAGCUGAUAUACAAUCACCCAUGGCCGAGUUACAAGAAGAUCUCUGCUGAAAUUAGAGAGUGAUGAUUUCAGAAGUGGGCUGUAAAAACUCAACAUAUUCAAACCUUAGAUAGUUUAUAGCUUCCAUUUUGUUUAAUUAUGUAUUUAAUUUCGAUUAACUAGUGCUAAAUGUUCUUUGUGCAGGAGAAAUUUAUAUGGGACAAGAUUCAUGAUGCCAUUAUCAGGAAGAUCUUCGACCAUCGGAUGGUUAGGCGACUUCAGCAGAUGUUGGAGGACGUAUGUGAGCGGCGCGACCACCUCACUAUUGGCUCUAUCUUCUCAAACAUUAAGAAGGCAAUGUACAUCCACUGGGAGACUAAUGAGGAGUUCAAGCGUCGUUAUCUCAUGAACAGAGCUAACAGGGCAUCAUCCAAGUCGUCGAACUAUACUUGUGGGUUAGCAACUUUCAUGAAGACAAAGGUCAAACUGUCUAAAUUAUUGGAUCGUGAUGUGAUGAUGGCAGAGACCUUAAAGUAUACUCACACCUUGAAGGAGAACAAGGAGUGAUUUGUUGAUCAAUGAUCUGCAGAUCAUUUUGUGAGUAAACAUCACGUGUGUAAUACCUUCACUAUCAGAAUGUCAUGCUUCUGGUUGCGCCACUCUAAUAGCGAGAAUAUUACGA